AUGCGAUUGGAGGUCGCCGGCCAGAAAUUACUGGCGUUAAAACAGAGGAAAGAGAGAGGAGGGGGGAGGAGAGAGGAAGGGAGAGAGGAUGGCUUACCUGAGGUUGCCGGCGCCGGCGGUCACGCCGGUGGAAAAUCAUACAUUAAUUUCUGGAACUCUCACUCUGCUAGAUCAUGUCUAAGCUUGUCCAGUCUUCAUUUAAAGAACUCUUUACUUCAGUUGCCAAGUGAAGUUUCUAUUCCAGUCUUGGUAACAAGUGCAAUGCACUUAAUUUUUUCGCAGGGCUUAUUUUUGCCAUCAGCAGUUUCUCUAGCUGUUCCUUUGGCUCUGCUGUCCCUUACAAGUGAAGUAAACGGGAAAGGACAAAAUUCCGCAGAUGUUCUGGCAUCCGAACAGAUGGCUCCUCGAGGACAGCUAGUUUUCUCAGUAGGACUUGGGGCUUUAGUGUUUGUACCAGUUUUCAAGGCCUUGACUGGUUUGCCACCAUACAUGGGUAUGCUGCUUGGACUGGGAGUUCUUUGGAUAAUCACAGAUGCAAUUCACUAUGGAGAAUCAGAAAGACAGCGACUGAAAGUACCACAGGCUUUAUCACGCAUUGACACUCAAGGAGCUCUUUUCUUCCUUGGAAUCUUAUUGUCCGUUAGCAGCUUGGAGGCAGCAGGUAUUCUGCGAGAAUUGGCAAAUUACCUCGAUGCUCAUAUCCCAAGCACUGAACUUAUUGCGAGUGCAAUUGGAGUUGUUUCAGCAAUCAUAGACAAUGUUCCUCUGGUUGCAGCCACAAUGGGAAUGUACGACCUAUCCUCCUUUCCCCAAGAUUCUGAGUUCUGGCAACUAGUAGCAUUUUGUGCAGGUACUGGUGGAUCCAUGUUAGUAAUUGGCUCAGCAGCUGGAGUAGCAUUUAUGGGAAUGGAAAAGGUCGACUUCUUUUGGUAUAUGAAAAAGGUUAGUGGGUUUGCUUUUGCUGGCUAUGCUGCCGGUAUUGCCGCAUAUCUAGCAACACAUAAUCUCAACAUCUCACUUCCCACAGCUCUGGCUCAAGUUCCUUUUCUUCAUGGUUCAUAACUCACUCAGAUGGGCAUUUGAUCAUUGAAGCUAUUAGUACAUCUUAUUGUUUAGUGAGUGAGCAAAUAUAUGAACACUUGACUUUUAGUGGUGGAGGUGAAAUGUGUUGGCUGGGGGAGAGAGUGGGACUGAGGAUUUCAGCUCCAUAAUGUAAUUUAUUGAUUUGUCAUUAAUAAAUUAAUAAUGUACUGUGAGAGUGCAUUAAUAAUUUAGUAGAAACUUGAGACUGCUGGGAGAUAACUUCUUA